GAUGGGGACGCGCACCCUCAUCCCUCGACAACAUCCCACUCGUCUUGAGUCGACCUACGAAAGGCUCUGUCAACAUACAUCAUAUCCAAGCCCGAGAAAAUCAUGCCGAGUCCCAAUAGACGCAUAUGGAAGCCGCGGGCGAUGCCCAGCACCCUCUACACCGGCUCGCGUUCCUACAUCAACAUGAUGCACAUAACGCUCGCCGAAUUCGACAACUUCCGAGCCAUAGUGCACCGCUCGAUCAGGAAGUACCUGGACCUGUCGAAGACGUUCAUGGCGCAGGAUGCGCGUCAUCUAGAGCGACAUUACACGGAGGUCGCACGGAAAUGGAAGGCGGCAGAGAAGUACGAGGACGCGUGGCCUGUCCGUGCAUACACCGCGUAUCGGGUAUCUGAAUACAGGAAGCAGCAGGCGGCGAAGCAACGGCAGGAUGAUGACGAUGAAAACGAGCAACCAGGGGCCGGGAACACGCAAGACAGAGACUACCGACCCCCGCGGCAUGAAGCGGCGACACGCGCUCACAAGCCCAGAAAGCUCGCCCAGCUGCCUGAAUCUUCGUCCCCCGAGCCGAGCGACGAAGAAGAGGCUGUCCAAAAAGUCGAUCCUCGGAGUCAGAGCGCGAUACGAACGCCUCCCAGACCCACGCCUUCCGCCAAAAAGCCGAUCCUCGGACUCACCCAGCCCCCAACGCCCGUACUUUCUGAGCCUCAGCCGCAGCCCCGCCGACUCGGAAGCGUGUCCCGCGCGCCGACGCACAGGCCCGCGCCACCGCCGCACAGUCAACAGGCGCCCAACCAGCCUCAGCCCCGCCGAAGCGUGUCCCGCGCGCCGACACACAGGCCCGCGCUACCGCCGCCGCACGGUCAACAGGCGCGGAACAACGACGGGUUCGCCCCUGUCCUGCGCUUCCUGCGCUCGCUGACUCCGUCGCUCGAGCACCUCGCCGUGCAGCUCAGGGCGGCGGGCAUCAAGGACGCGGAGCGGCUGCGCAUCGUCGCGUCGUGGGAGAAGCGGCGGAAGAAGUGGCUCGUGGACAAGCUCCGGAUGAGCCCGUUCGAGGAGGAGGUUCUGAGGAUCGGGCUGGACGAGGUGCGGCGUGGGGUGAGGAUUAUGUGAGGGUGGGCGGUGUGCGAGCGAGCUUAGUUUGGUGAGCCGGGACAAUAUAUUAUAUGACUGUUAGUGGUUGUCCCCUCUGAAACUAUAUCGAUUCGAUUGUGUAGUGUCCGAUCGCCUGAAUGUACGUCGCUGUGUACCCGCCGGUGAGCAAGCCCUGUUACUUAU